GUUCCUAGAACAGAUUUUGGAAGAGAUCCAGAACGCUAAAAAAUAAAUAAAACAUUCUAUUGAAGCAGUUGAAAUGCGGAUCCUACUUAAACUUGAAACACUGAAAAAUUGGAUUAAUGAAGUAGAAAACGAAAAUAAAGUAUUGAAGGACAGAAUAGAAAACUUGGAAAAAACCAGUAAAAAGAACAAUUUCAUUUUAUUCGGUGUAAACACAUCUUCAUCUGAUAGAAGCAUUUCUGUUUUUUGUGAAGUGAUAAAAGAUAAACUUGGCGUUCCGAUAGCAGAAGAAAACGUAAGUGAUCUUUACUCGUUAGGAAAAUCUAUUGGGGCUCCUUUGAAAAUCGAGUUUGUAUCAGUGAUUAAAAAAAGUAAAUCCUACAAAACUGUUAUAAAUUAAAAAACACAGGUCUAACAAUUACUCAAGAUCUUACCCAGAAAGAAAGGGAGGAAAACAAAAUAUUAAGGAAAAGUUUACAGCAUUGCAGAAGUACAUCUACGAAGAAAAGUUAUAUAAAAGGAAACAAACUAUAUGUAGGAAGUAAAAUAUACACCAUAGAAGAACUAAAAGAAAACGAUUAUAUCGCACAAGAACAAAAACCAAAAAGUGCUUCAUCCACUCCCCAUUCUAACAUAGAGACACCCAUUCGCAAAAAAACACAACAGAAAUCUGAAGAAGCUGGUAAUAAAAAAGAAGAGGAUAAGACAAAAGAAGGUAAAGUCUUAAUAAAGCAGAAUAAUAAAGUAUCUACUGGACAAUUUGUAAGAGAAAAAUAUAAGACUAGACACAACUCAAAUUCCGAUAUUUUAAAAUAAAUUAUUGUCGAAUCAAGCCCU